CAUCGUUCUUUAUACUUCCAUUAAUUUUUGCUUAAACCUCUUAAUACGAAGUAUCGUUAAUAAUAAGGACACUUUUUAUAAACAUCUGUAAUUCUCAAUUAGUUGCAAAAUUUUUAUCCUACCUCGAAUUAAAAAGGAUACUUUAGAACUUAGUCUCUUCAUAGCUAUAUCAAUUUACACCGAAAAAGUAUCUUUGUCUAGAUCAAUCUUCAAAGAAUUGCUUAAAUCAAAAAAACAAUGUUAGUGCAACUAGUGCUACUCGUGACAAUCAAUUUAGUUCAAGCAAAUCAAAACUAUCGAGUGAUUUAUCAGUGGAACAUCAUCGAACCAGAAUGGCCAAAUCAGGAAGAUCGUGAAACAUCAUUGGCUAAUGGAAGUUACAUCCCAGAGAAUAAUCCUAUCACUGGAAUCAAGUUGUGGAAGGACAAUCUCUAUCUGACAGUUCCAAGAUGGAGAAAUGGAGUGCCAGCAACUCUAACAGUAAUAUCAGCAAUUCCAGAUCAAACACUCGUCAAUACCCAACAUGGAAAUCAAAAUCUGAACGUUGUCAAUCCAAAAUUAAAACCUUUUCCAAACUGGCAGAUGCAAACAAUUGGUGAUUGCAAGUCUUUCCAAUUUGUACAAAGCAUGGAAAUCGAUCCAUUGGGUAGGAUGUGGGUCAUUGAUACUGGCAGAAUAGAUAUCCAGACUGAAAACCCAAAAAACCUCUGCCCUCCAAGACUCGUUAUUCUUGACCUUGAAACUGGAGGAACUGUGCUCAGAAACUACGUUUUUCCAACUGAUGUAGCAGAUUACAAAUCAGCUUUUCUUAAUGAUAUUGUUCUGGAUCAUGAACAUGGUGGUUUUGCUUAUAUUACUGAUGCUGGGAAAAAGGAUCCAGGUCUUAUUGUUUAUUCCCUAGCCACCAAUACUUCAUGGAAGGUUCGUCAUGGAACAAUGUGGGCAGAAGACGAAGCUAAGUCAUUGACUGUGAACGAUGUUAAAAAAAAUUUGACUGUUAACAUUGAUGGUAUCGCUCUAUCUCCAUCUAGUAGAUAUGAUAGGAUGGUUUAUUAUACUCCACUUACUUCUUUUAAUCUCUACUCCAUACCAACUGCGAUUUUGAAAACUGGACUCAGCAACGUGAGUGAUUUUAUUAGAAAAAUUGGAAGAAGAGGGUCUCAGACUGAUGGAAUGAUGAUGACAUCUACCGGUACAUUGUUUUUUGGUUUGCUUGCUAAUAAUUCCGUGGCCUAUUGGAGAACACCUCAAAUUUUUGAACAAUCAAGUGGACAAGAUUCAGUUUUAAAGGUGGAUGAAAAUAUCUUAUCCAGAGAUGAUAACCUCUUGCAGUGGCCUGACACUUUUGCUAUUGAUGAAGAGGGAUAUUUGUGGUGUGUGACGAAUGCUUUGCAAAAUUUUUCCACUAAAAAUUUCAACCCUAAUUCGACAAACUAUAGAGUGAUUAAGUUUAUGACAACGAGAGCUAGGAGUUAUCAAUACUUUCAAGACGGUAGUGCACCUAUUUUGCCAAUAUUGUCACCUCUAGAAAAUUCGAGUUCUGUGUAUGAAAUUCCAGUUUCUCUUUCAAUCAGUGAUGAUUCAUUUCCGACAAUUGGUAGACAUUUUUAGAAGUGGUUUUGUUGAGUGAUUUUCAUUUUAUAGCCUAUCUAAUUCAGGAAAAAUAAAAUGAAGAAUGGUUAAUAAGAAAAAUACAGCUAAAUUCAACUCCAAGUCUAUUUGCUAUUAAAAAAAAGGAUUAAGAAAAUUUAAUAUUUCUCAUUCAAUAUUUUCUUUUUUAUAAGAUCUUCCAUUACAUUACUAUUUUUUUUAUAUAGCUACCUUAAUUGAGACUUACAAGAACUAUAAUUUGUUGUAAAAAUGGUUAUUAGUGUUAUAAUUAUAUUUCGUUUUCAUUGCUAUUUUAAUUUUAAAAUUAGGAUUAACGGCUCAUUAUUUGUAAUUUGUUAACAAAAAUAAAAAAAUAAAAAUGUCUUGCAACAGUCCCUGAUUGUUGUUUUGGCUUACGAAACUUUUGAUUACAGACAUCUAGAAGUGUCGUAUACUGAAGAAAUUAUAAUACUUAUUUGAUACGAAAAUUGCUGCUUUUAUGUG